AUGACCGAAGUCAACAUUCUUUUCCACAAUCAUCUGCCAGAACCCAGGAGACAAACCGAAGCACCGCUGACGCUGGUGUCGGUUUGGUACGGACGGACAUUGAAUAUUCAUAUCGACCUCGUCCACAGACCCGUGGACGCCGAGACUGACUUUGUUGUUCAGGGUUUCAGAGCACAGGACCCUCAGAACCCUUCCUUGAUCAACUGGGAAUCGACGACCGUAUAUCGCUGCGUCCUCCCCUCGUUUGGUCCUCCAAAUCAGUGGGCUCUGAUCCAACAGGAGCUCGCCGUGCGCAGACUUGUCGAACAAGAACCCUCGCCGCCCGAGGUCGUUCAGUAUCCCUUCCAGGAGAACCAGAGCAGAGGGCGUUCCCUUUCGGCGCCACCAGUCAUCCGUCAGCCAGAACAGACUGGCACCGUCGAGCGCCUUGUUCUCUCCGAGUCAGGUCAAGCUGGUGGAUCGGCUGCGUUCGAUCCUCGCGUCUACGCCUUGCCCCUGACACAAACGGCUCGUCUGGAUCAUUUGAACGAAAGGAUUGAGCAAUCCAUUCCUCAAGACCAAUUUCCUUGCUCUCCUCAUCGACUCUCUCCUGAUUGCAAGAGUUCUUCGCCCCUGGAGCCGUCAUUGCCAGUCGUCCAGUUCCCGCUUUCUCCCCCCACGUAUAUUCAGCGCCUGGAGGACCUCAACGAGGUAUUACGAUUUCCGCGUCCACGCCGAGUUGUUCGUUCCCCUGUGCUUGACCACUUUCAGGAAUUUGGCUCCCAAGAGAACACCAGAUUACCAUCCGCAGACUCUCGUGUUUUUGGGACCCCUUCUACCGUUGACAUUCCGGCUCCUCCAAACACAACUCCUGUCUCUCACAGGCAGACCAAGUCCCCUGUCAAAUCGUCCAAGCCUAAGCGACGCUCGAAGAGAAGGCCUCCGCAUUUUCGCUCGAAGCUUUAG